CUCCACCUUUUCACUCCCUCUUUCUCUUCCUCCUCCUUCGCACUUCCGGCGUCUUCCUUCAUCUUUCCUCUCUCCCACACACACCCUCUUCUAUUCUACUAAAUCUCAGUCCCUUGCCGACUGCCCGAUUAUAGCCAGUCCUCUUCCCAAACUGUGAGGGGCUUCCCUACGCUUCCUGUUCCGUCUUCUUUCCGCGCUCUCUGGCGCCUCACUCCAUCCCGCUUAUCCGUCGGUUAAGCCAAGGACUACACCGAACGGCUAUCGCUCACCGGGUUGCCCAUCGAAAACAACAGGUUGGGGUCAACCGCCAACAGAUAUUAGCACGGGUUGUCGACUGGCGCAUUGAGGUCGGUAAAGCUCCAUGUCUUGCUUCCCUGCAUCGCAUCUCCUUCAGUUACUUCGUGACAUGACCUGGUGCUGACCGGCCGCCUCCGCUCAACAUCACUAGACACCUGCGCCAGCCCGGACACCCGUGGCCCAUCUCGGAAGAUGAACUCACUGAAUAUCUUGUCAUCCCGAGUCAUCGGUCAACCGACCGGUCCGAGUAGGAGUCGCCAACGGUCUCGAUCGCAAGGAGAGGUUCCCCGAACGAUUGAACCAGGAGACCUUGCCAAAUUUCGGUCCUAUAGCGAAAGUAACUUUCACGCCUCGGAUCACCAUGAGAAAAGCCCUGAUGAGACAUCUGUUGCACCAGAUGAUCCCGUUCAUGAAUAUACGUUUGAUGAGAAAUCGCCCCUGUUACGAAGUCUAUCUAAAGAUCGGUCCCUGGCCACAAACAGCACCCUAGGGCUGUUUGUUCACCGAUUUUUUGAUGUCAUUGCCGAGACGAUUAAGUUCAUUCUGACUACGCUUGCCGCGCCUGGUUUAUUUGUCGCCCACUGCUUUCGCGAAGCUGACGGUCAUUACUCUCCACUGGCUCCGGUUCGCAAGAUCAGCCGCUUACUUUCACAUCGUUCCAAAGAGUCAGACCCUGGCGCGGCGGGCAAAGGAGCUACUCCGACGAAUGGCAAGCAACGAAAUUUACGACGACCCAAAACUUAUAGAUCACGCGAAUCCAUCGCCUCAAGUACGUCCGAGUCGGAGGGUGAUCGGCGAAGCACCAAGGGACUCAGCAGCAGUCGUUCUCGGUCCGUCAAGUCCAAGUCUCCCAGUCCAGAGCAUGUACCAAAUGAUAACACUCCCCGACGGUCUAUUCGGAUCAAGCUCCAUAACGAAGAGGCGCUCAAGCGGCAGCGACAGCGUCGUUCCCAAAGCACAGAUCUUGGACAAGCGUCGCAAAAUGGAUCCCAGAAUACUCUCAACCUUGAUAGCUUGAAAUCUCCUACAUCCCCGUCCGUACAUCGUGUUACUCGGUACCCACAUUCGCCGGUUCCUCCUCGACCGCUGAUUCCCCAGCGUAUACCUUCCUACACGCCAAAUAUGCGCAGCACAAAGAGCCCACAAAAGACCUUGGUUCUCGAUCUCGACGAAACCCUCAUUCACUCUUUGGCCAAGGGAGGCCGCAUGUCCAGCGGUCACAUGGUUGAAGUUAAGCUGUCAACGCCAAUGACGACCGCUCUGACUCCUGGCGGGCCGCCUACCACGCUUGGUCCGCAACAUCCCAUCCUAUACUAUGUCCAUAAACGGCCACACUGUGAUGAGUUCUUGCGUAAGGUGUGCAAAUGGUACAAGUUGGUCAUCUUCACUGCGAGUGUGCAAGAGUACGCCGACCCGGUCAUCGACUGGCUGGAGCAGGAGCGGAAAUACUUCCACGCGCGGUAUUACCGCCAACACUGUACCUUUCGCAAUGGCGCUUACAUUAAAGAUCUCAGCUCUGUUGAGCCAGACCUGAGCAAAGUGAUGAUUUUGGACAAUAGUCCUAUGAGUUAUAUUUUUCACGAAGAUAACGCAAUCCCCAUCGAGGGCUGGAUUAAUGAUCCAACCGACAACGGGUUGCUCCAUCUCGUCCCCAUGUUAGAAGCUCUACAGUAUGUAACCGAUGUGCGGGCUUUUCUAGCCUUGCGUAGAGGGGAAACAGAAUCUUAGCUUGACGAGGACAAGAUGCACCGGGGUCGAGAGGUGUGCGACUUAAGGCUUAAUAUAAUAAUAAACCCUCCCUUUUGCACAGAACCAGAGAACCGAAGAGGAACUCUGGCUGGAAAAUCACCAAAGCUUGAUGAUGUCCUUUUCCUUUCACGAAACUCUUAUAAUGCAUGCAUACUUAUCAAGACUCUCACGUCUCUGCUCCUGUAUAGAUGAGGGAAAGGGACGUGAGGGGGAGUGAUCCUAUGGUUUUUGUUACCUGAUCUUCGCUUCUUUCAUCAUUCCUUUCCAGAUAAUAUUUCCAUUCAUUAGGCUUCUCUCGCUCCCAUCUUCUGCUCUUGGUCAUGGUUGAUUGACAAACAUGGUUACUGAAUUUAUCUCAAGUCUCGUACUGCACACUCCACCCCCAUGGACAGGCUCAAGUUGUGUCGGUCGGUAGUAUGUGGCUACCUGCCCCGUCCACGUCAAUUAGGUUUUGUACAGCGG